UGCUGCCCAAGAGCUUGGUUCCCCACUUUGACGUCCACGUCACACCCUCUUCUGCCAUCUCCCAACCCUGCGGCUAGCCUAAUCUUGUGAAUUUCCCGGCCUCAUGCAACUCUUGUGCAUAUUGGUACAUCUGGCGUGAGAAAGGCGGGGGAUGAUAGGGACUUGCUGGUUUUCUCGGCCGGUGUCUGCGCAUCCUCGGCUCGUCGUUGCGGCCGGUCUGAGGGGAGCCGUACAACAGGUGCAUGCACAUAUUUACCUUAUCUAGCGGGCGGCGCAAAUCGCGUCUGGGAACCUGCUUCCCUAAAAUUCCUUUACGUUGCAGGCGACUACGCACCUCCCGACAUGAGGCUAAUCGACACGACGACGCUCCGGCUCGGGGAAGAUGCACCGGAGCCGGACGGCGGGUACGCCAUCUUCUCGCACAAAUGGGGCCUGGAAGAGGUCACCUUCCAGGACAUGACGCAGCUUGACCAAAGUACGCUCAGGGGCAAGGCCGGCUACGCAAAGGUCGAAAACGUGUGCCGCAUCGCGCGGGAGAUGGGGCUGCAACGCGUCUGGAUCGACACCUGUUGCAUUAACAAGGACAGCAGCGCCGAGGUCAGCCAGUGCCUCAACGCCAUGUUCCGUUGGUACAAGAAAUCGACAGUCUGCAUUGUCUACCUGCAUGAUUUCCGACCGGGCCCAGGCUUGAAGCUCGGCCAGGGGUUGGUUGACAGCCUGGCCGAGUGUCAGUGGUUCCAACGAGCCUGGACCCUCCAGGAGUUGAUCGCGCCGGAAUACGUCCGAUUCUUCGACCACGAAUGGAAGCUUUUCGGGAGCAAGUUUAACGACAAGAAGCGCGUCGCGCGCGGCUCCGAGAGUCUCGAAGCGCUGCUGGUCGAUCUAUACGUCAUCACCCACAUCCCCAUCCCGGUCCUCCGCGACCCCGACACCGUCUGGAGCUACCCCGUUGGCAACCGCAUGUCGUGGGCCGCACACAGGCGCGCGCUGUACGUCGAGGAUCUAGCCUAUAGCCUGAUUGGUAUCUUCAACGUCAGCAUGCCCAUGCUGUACGGCGAAGGGAACAGAGCCUUCAUCCGGCUCCAGGAGGAGAUCAUAAAGGAGACCAACGACAUGACGAUAUUUGCGUGGACAGCGCCCGACAGUCAAGAGAAGCACCGCGGGAUCCUGGCCAGGUCGCCCUCCGAGUUUGGGUGCUGCCGGUUCAUGCAUUACGCCCCGAGCGCCGGCAUGCACACGUAUGCCAUGACGAACCGCGGGCUCCGCAUCAAGGCGGUGCUCGAGAAGUCGGUCGGGUGCUCGGGCAUCUUCCACAACGUUGCCCAAUCCCGCAGCGCUGAGCCCGACUACCGUAACAAAGUCCGCCUCCGCGACGACCACCUGUUGUUCCCCAUGGGCGAGAACGACGGCGAAUUCGAUAGCAUGAGGUCUGAAGAGCUGCUCCACGGCAAGUGUUUGAUGCACAUCGAGCACUUCAGCAAGGGUAUCUCCCACCGCCAGGCUUCCUCGGAGCUGUGCUGCAUUCUGCUGAGGAAAACGACCAACGGCUUCGUGCGCGAGAGCCCGCAUGUACUUGUGGCCAGCCAAACCGGGAACUACCAGCUCGAGGAGAUCCAUAUCCACAAGGACCUGCUGCCCUCGGCGGCUCGGGAACUGCAAUGCUUGUAUUCCAACGCCAUCGCCAUCCGCACCAACGCCAUCAGCCCGCGUUGCCCCCUCCGCAGAGUGUUCCCCGCGCACCUCUGGGACCCGGUGAAGCAUCUCUUCCUCAUGCCGCAGCGACUGACGCCGGCGUUUGUCGGAAUUAUCGAGGUAUCCGUGGACAGCUUCAACGUGCUGCUUGUGGUGGUCUUCGACCCCGACAACGUGUUCCCCAUUGGUGGCGGCAUCUCCCGACUGCACUGUGGUAUAGUGAGGGCUGGCGAUCGUGAUUGGUUUGAUCGCGAGGUGGAGACGUGGGACUUGAUGUCAACCCAAGAACCCAUCGUGAGACUGAUGCUAGGUUUCAGGGGCGAGCUAACGCUCGAAUCCGAUUGUCUCCGGAGCCGUCUCACGUUGGCGCGCGAGACCAAGGGAACGAUGCACACCAUUACGGUUUCCUGCCAGAGGACUACGAAAUAACUUGUAAAGGCGCGUCUUGUGGUCAGCACAACGCCGUUGAUAUUUGUUACUAGGAAUUCGUUAUAACAGCGACUCCACAAAAACUACCUGAGGGGGCACGUGUUACGCACGACCCACACCUGUUGAUAGACCUGGCCGCGCACAGGCACGUGACAGGCUAUUGCUAUUUGCACCAGUCGACAUCAGAAUCGACACGGCACUUUUCCUAUUCUGGCAUCUUGGUGAGUGUCACCCCAUACAAAAACAAAGCCUGGCAGGGCUACGCAGCAAUGUUGACUAUUGCCGUUCGGCCCCGGUCACUGAUCUCGCGUGCGUCGGCCAAUAAAAACGGUUGUUUUUCGGUACUUCCGCGUGCGCCUUAUUUAGCCGGUGAUAGAAGUACCAGCACAAGUCAUUGUUACAAAGCGGUACGUCACGCUUGAAUUCAUGCAAAAAUUACGUAGGGCUAGUUCCGACGCACCCCUGCAAAUCCGUGCCUCCUAUCUUCCUAUCC